AUGGUUAGAGAAGUUAGGGAUUUAACUGACUUCAAUAACAUUCUUCAAGAAACUAGUGGAGGAAAGAUAGCAGUUGUUGACUUUUAUGCAGAUUGGUGUGGACCUUGUAAAUAUAUAGCCCCAGUUUUUGAAGUUCUAUCACAAAGAUAUACUAAUGCUAUAUUUUGUAAAGUUAAUGUAGAUCUAUCGAGAGAUGCGGCAAGCAUUUAUAGAGUUCAGGCCAUGCCAACGUUCAUAAUAUUCAAGAACAAGGCUGAGGUUGAAAGAGUUGCCGGAGCAGACCCUAAUAAGCUAGAGAAUACUAUAAAAACGCAUUACUCGGAGGCUCCUCCUGUUUCUGCCAAUGCUGCGAAUCCCCGGGAAAGAGCAUUUUUGGAAAAAUUCGCAAAAUACAGUAUGAAGAUGCAUCACUACACUGAUAUUGUUAACCAAACUUUGGCAUUGAGCUUGGUUCCUGCUCACAAACUCAAAGAGGAAGCUACUGAUGCGAACGGAGUGGUUAAUAAAUUUCUUUUAGCAAAAGCACUACUGGAAUGGUUCAAAAACGACUUUUUCUCCUGGGUUGAUACUCCUACAUGCUCAUUUUGCGGUAAGAAACCGGAUCCAAAAAACCAACAGAAAGUGGAGCCUAAUGCUGAGGAAGCAGCGGACAAUGCGAACUAUACAGAAGUAUAUGUUUGUGAGUGUGGGAAUGAAGUGAGAUUUGCUCGCUAUGACAAUCCGACCGUACUACUCAGAACCAGAGCUGGUCGUUGUGGAGAAUGGACUAAAUGCUUUGCUCUAUUCGCUGCAUCGUUGGAGUUUGAUUUUAGAAUAGCUUACGAUAUAUCUGAUCAUCUCUGGACUGAGCUUUGGAUUCCAGAGCUCGAUAGGUGGGUUCAUUGCGAUUCUUGUGAGAAUGUCAUUGAUUCCCCCUUGUUGUAUGAGAAGGGUUGGCAGAAAAAGUUGAGCUAUGUGAUUGCUGUAGGAACUGAUCAUAUUCAUGAUGUUUCAUGGAGAUAUGUUCUCAACAACCUUGAAGCGUUAAAAAGACGAGGAAUCGUGCGUGAAGCAGUGCUAGCCAGAUUUUUAAGCAAAUUGAACGAUAGGAUGCAAGCCAAUUCCGAUGCAGCCAGAACAGAAGAACUGAAAAGAAGGAGGAUAAGGGAAAUCAUUGAGUUCCUCGUGCCUGGAGAGAAGAAAUGUGAUGACCAGUAUGGAGGACGUACUACAGGAUCAGAGGACUGGAGAGUGCAGAGAGGCGAAACUGGAGCUAGUCCUAAGAAACGACAGCAAAUAGUUUUACGUCCCAAUGACAAAGAAUUAGCCACUGGUGAAAUGAGAAUUCGCUAUAACUGUUCAACUGAUGUAUAUACAAGAGGUGAAGACAAAAUCAAAGGAUGGGCAUCAUAUAUAUAUAAGUCAAAGAAUGUUAUGAGAAAGGUCGAGAACGACUGGAAAGUGACUUAUCUCUGUAGAAAGGAGGGUAAAGAAGAGGGAGAAAUCACUUGGGCUGUAGAUUUGACAGGGGUUAAAGGAAAAUCUGCUAGACUACGCAUUUGUGGAGCUCAAACUUUUGAGAACGCAGAUAUAUUCAUUAUGACAUGUGCAGAUGAUAUAUGCCUCGAAGUACCAGCGUCAGGAGAGCUCGUUAUAAACGAAUUACCAUCAUCACUACUGAAAAUAACAGCAGUGAUGAAGGGAGGGUCCGGCAAUGGCGCCUUUCAGCAUGCGCAACUCUUUCGGUGCAAUCAUGGAGAAACGGAUGAUCAACUAACUAUAGAAAUCGAUUUCGAUUGA